AUGGGUCUUCUAUCCUAUCUUACUGUUUUCCUGGCGGCCACUGGCUCAGCCCUCGCCGCUCCAGCCGCUGAGUCUCCCGCCGACAUCGCCGUUCCGACCCCCAAGAUCACUAGCAUUACCUACUCCGGCAACGGCUGCGUCAGGGAUCCCAAGUUGUCGGGUAGCUUCAACGACCCGACCUUCACCUACCAGGGUUUCACCCUGUCUCUGCCGACCAACACGACGGCCAACUGCCAAAUUCACAUCCAGGCCAGCGGUGCCGGACCUGGCUGGCAAGUCGCACUCAAGAGCAGCCAGGUUAAGGGUCGCCUGGUCCUGACCCCUGGCACAUCGCUUACACACUACACGACUGUGUUCUUCAGCCAGAACCCCACCAAGACUAGCACUGUCUCCGGCACCGUCAGCAACGACAGCCGCAACACCAUUAGCCGCAGCGUCACUCUGGUCAGCAAGGCCGAUAGCAGUGAGCUCGCCUGGUCCCCUUGCACCGGUAGCGACGGCUACACUGGUAUUAUGAACGUCAACUUCCGCGGCGUGCUCAGCGGCAACAGUCGCGCUUACUUUGAGGCUCAGACCGAGACCUGGGAGCUCCAGUGGCGGCGCUGCUGA